AUGGCUGCUAUAGGCAACAUUGUGGGAACUUUGAUGCAAGGUGAUAAUGCUAAAAACCUAGGGGCAUUGUUCGGGCAAUCCGAUGGUGCAAAUCCAGGAGAUAUCCUAUCAGGUAUAGGCAGUUUACUAGGCGGUCAAGACGGUAAAAUUGACCCAGCACUAGUGGGUUCCAUGAUCUCAAUGUUCGCUCAACAAAUAGGCAACGACCAACCAAAGCCGGUACGACAGAAAAGACAAAGCCAGGAAGGCGAUAUGAACUUAGACAGCAUACUGAAUCUAGCAUCGGGAUUCUUAGGAAACAAACACGCUGCAGGAAUUUUGCCUAUGGUCAUGAAUACAUUGAACUCCCUAACUGCAACAGAAGCUAACAAGCGCGCAGAGAGUCACAAAGAUCACGCGUCAUUCUUACCCCCCUUUUUAGAAAAAGUACAUCUCUAUUGGGACCUUUUCAUUAAUUCUGAACUUGGAAAAACCAUUUGGGAAAAGUCAGGGUUGAAGCGAACUAUGAAAGCAUUCACAGCACCAGAUGGUUCGAUUAGCUUCGAGCUGAUGUUAAAGAACUUCGAGAAUCAUUCGUUUAGGAGGCAUUGGAUCAAGGUUGCGGCAAAAUAUUUGACAGACAUGGUUGUACAUGUCGCUAAGCCCGAAGUUUACCAGAGAUACUUAAUAUCAGCGCAGUACAUAAUAAACAGCUUCCUAGACGCUCAGGGUCUACCUUCAAAUACGCACUUCAACAUGAAGAGGCCAGCUGAAUCUCUGACUGUACUGAUAAACCACGUGUUACACCAGUACUUGGACAUGGAUACCGACGCUUCGGAUUAUGUAAAGCCUGCUGUGGAAUAUAUUAAACAAACAUUAAAAAUGGCACAUUCUACAUCCCAAACGAUAGUGAGUCGCGCAGAUUAUAACGCAGUGGCGGAUCGCUUGACAGACACGCUCAACCUCGAAGUAAUAGAACCUGUGUUACGUGUAUACAGAGCUUACAAGCACUCACUCAAAGCGCCACACUGUCAGGAACACCUCAUGUGCCUUGUCAACAGGCAUCACGACCAGGAUAAAGAGCGCCUUCCCGGCUUCAAAGCUGGUCUCACGAAACUGAGCAGCCUUGCGGCGUCAGCAGCUUUGAGUUACCAGAACGGAAAAGGCUUCUGGGAUCUGUACAAUGCUAUACAAAAUGAUGUUAAUUGUGACGCCGCAUAUCCAGCCGACUGCGCAUCGUUCCACGAACACGAGCUCAAAGUUACUACGGAAGUGUAUCACAGUGAACUAUAA